GCUCAGUAAAUUAAUUAAUAAAAUACAAAUUUACACACAUUGCUUCCCAUUGAUGUUUACCGGAAAUAUCAUCUCAAAGGCCCAAAUGCACCGGCGGCCGCCGGUGCUGCACUUCCACCUCCGACCUCUUUCCACAGUCGUCGACCUCGCCCACCUCUCCUCCCCAAUCAAUCUUGACCAUCUGGCCUCCAUAACCUCUAACUCCGAUCUCCUCGCCUCCUACAACAUCACCCCUCCCAUUCGCCCAUGGCCCUCUCGCCUCACUCCCGGCCGCCUCGCAUCCAUGAUCCGCCGUGCCGCGGACCCCAACCUCGCUCUCCGCAUCUUUCACCACGCCGCCUACUUCCACCGUGGCUUCUCCCCAACCUACUCUUCCUACCACGCCAUUAUUGAUCGCCUUGCCCGUGCCCGCGCCUUCGAUCUACUUACCCCAAUCCUUUCGUCCCUACGCCGUUCCGGCAUCCGGUGCGGCGAAGACGCCUUCAUUUCGCUCAUCCGCGCAUUCUCUCUCUCGUCACGCCCGUCUGACGCCCUUCGCGUCUUUCUUUCCAUUCCUUCCUUUCGUGUUCAGCGAUCUGUGCGUUCUUUCAAUGCUCUCCUUAACGCCAUGGUUCAAAACCGCCGGCUUCGCCUUGUGCCCCCUCUCUUCCGCAGCUGCCACUCUAAGUUUGGCAUCAUCCCUAAUGUUUGCUCUUGUAACAUUCUGUUGAAGGCUUUAUGUGGUGUCCAUGAUCUGGCUGGCGCACACAAGGUACUCGAUGAAAUGCCUGGUAUUGGGAUUGUCCCCAAUAUUGUAUCUUAUACUACGUUAAUUGCUGGACACUGUUCUGACGGCGAUAUUGGUGGUGCCAAGGGGCUCUUUGAUUUGAUUGUAAGCCAUGGGUUGAUGCCGGAUGUUACCACAUAUACAGUGCUUAUUGAUGGUUAUUGCCGCAAGGGUUUUAUCGUCGAUGCCGCCCGUCUUAUGGAUGAAAUGGAGUUGCAAGGCGUGGCGCCUAAUGAUGUGACCUACACUGUCAUGAUCGAGGCAUGCUGCAAGGAGAGGAAAGCGGGGGAAGCUCUGAAUUUGAUCAGUAGUAUGCUGGAUUCAAAGUUUGUACCAACCUCAAAUCUCUGUUGUAAAGUUAUUGAUGCUCUCUGUGAAGAUGGGAAAGUGGAAGGUGCUUGUUCGACAUGGAAAAAGCUUCUGAAGAAUAAUGUUACUCCUGAUAACUCCAUCUCCAGCACCUUGAUAUAUUGGUUAUGCAAGAAAGGGAUGAUUUCGGAGGCAAGGAAGCUCUUUGAUGAGUUUGAAAGUGGAUUCAUUCCUAGUUUAUUGACUUAUAACACACUCAUCUCUGGCAUGUGCGAGAAUGGGGAGUUGCAGGAGGCGGGGAGGCUGUGGGAUGAUAUGGUUGAGAGGAGGUGUGCCCCUAAUGUCUUUACAUACAACGUGCUAAUUAAUGGAUUCUGCAAGGCAGGGAAGCCAAGGGAGGGGAUUAGGAUUUUAGGGGAGAUGAUGGAGAGCAUGUGCGUUCCCAAUAAGUUUACAUAUAGUGUUUUGAUUGAUGGCCUUCACAAGUUAGGAGAUAUAGAGGAGAUUGUUAAGUUGCUUCAAAAGGCUACCUCCAAAAGUGAAUUUCUUGAUGGGGAAAUUUGGAAUGUUUUCGUUACCAAGAUGCUUUCUGAUAGUAAUCAAUGGAGGGAGGAUCUCAUUGUGUUGUUGGAAACAUAGAUAUGGAUUUGAUGUUCAUUUGCUUGAGGUGACUGGACUUUGACUUCUAUGGAUUGGAUGACGCAUGUUUGGGGUUUUUGGUGUUUUGCUCAUUUAUUUAUUAGUUGAAUGUGAGAUGAGGAGCAUCUUUUGGCUUUGUUUGUGACAGUUUUCUUAUUGCUUAUUAUUAGAAAUUUUUAGUAAAAAAAAUUAUUUUUUACUAAAAAUUUGCUUUAAUAGAUAGCAAGAAAGCUGUAUCAAACAAAACCUUAACUUAUAAUCUCAAGUAGCAAGAUGACAUUGCUUCACUGGGACUUUUAGGUUGACGGAUGAAAAUGUUACUGUACUGGUGGCAUGCUUGGUUUGUAUUUUGGUGCUGCCUGCAGUCAUCAGACCUGUAUAAAUGGAUAUUUUCAUAAUCGCUUAUGGUUUUCGUUUUACUGAUCAUGAACCAUGCACACGGGAAUGAAUCAGAAAUUGCAAUUUUAUUUUAUUAAAGUAGAGAGCCAUGGCUUUCAAGACUCAACGAUGCUGUAAGCUUGCCACAUCUCUCCUGCCUUCAAUCUGUACAUUGUGUGACCUACAGUUGGUACGUAUUGUUACUUCAUUCUGAAAUCGUUUUGAUGGUCAUAAUGAAGAAAGCUUUCUCAUGGUUUUAGAAAAUCUUUAAAUAGUUUUUUUCCAAGAAACAUCAGCUACUGUAUUACAUGACUAUCAGUUAGUAUGUUUUGUGCUGGUGGAACUGGAUAGGUUGUGCUAGUUGCAGUUGGUUCUUCCAGUUGGUUUUACGUAAGCAGACGUGAUUGGUUAUUGUUAAGGAUUGGAACCUCUUCUUUCGUGAUAAAUCAUGUCAAUCAUCUUACUUUGUAAGAUUUAAAAUGAGUUUUGUACUUGGUGAUUUUAAUGAAGUUUGAGGAGUUGUUAUA